UUUAUGUUUGUGACUGUUGCAGAAUGGUCACACCAUGGAGAAUGGCCUACAUGUUGGCCACCAAACUGGCCCCUUUCCCAGGACCUGUUUGUCGCCAUGCCAGUCGAGGCGCAUACAGAGGGAUGUCGCCGAGGUAUUCUGAUUCACAUUCAAAACAGAAACAACAGGAAGACAUGUUUGAAGAUGACCAUGAUAUGGAUGCAGUGGAAGCCAAACUGAACUCUAUUAUUAGUGAAGAGAAGAGAAAGCAUAAAGCAGCAAAGUUUCACAUAAUCAAGAGGCAAAUGAACAAUCCUGGAGACCCGGAGAGAAAACUCACCUGGGAUGCCAUUGAACAGAUAAGGUACUUAAAGCAGGAGUCCCCAGAGGAAUGGACACUACAGAGAUUAGCAGAGGGUUUCUCUGUAAGCCCUGAUGUCAUCUCCAAAGUCCUCCGCAGCAAAUUCACCCCAACAGUUGUCCGAAAGCUAAAGCAGGACUCUAAAGUGUUAGUCAGUACUGGGCAGCAGUCUCUCAGAGAUGGCAAAACUGAACAGUCCAGACUGCCAAAGAGUGCAACACCAGCCAUACUCUCCUCUGGAAAAACAGGUGCCCUGACAACACUGAGUAAAACAGCCCUUGCAGUGAGGGAGGGUGAGACUGGACUGACGCCCUCUGGUGGAAAUGUAGUACCAUCUCAAGUACUAUCAGCUGUACACAAACUGACACCUGCUUUGCAGGAGCAGCCUGACUCUACAGCGAAAAUGGACAUGAGAGAUGAUAUCGAGUUAGAGGAGGAGGAGGAAGAGUGGGAUGGGGUGAUUCUGACAGAGGAAGAGCUAGAGCACAUCGCACAGACGCUGCAGAAAACCCCCAGUUCAGUGAAACAGAAGGGAAGCGAUUUUUUUGACAAAGAAGGCAACUUCCUGUACAGAAUUUGAGUGGCUGCCAAGUCCUCCAUGUUUAUCAAGACACUUGUUGCUAAAGUCUAGGCCUGUUCUUUUAUGAUUGAAAAACUUAUUUAAUUGGAAGGAACUUUAUUGUUACAAUUUGUAACAAAACUUAAUGGCUUAUUGUACACUUUUG